GUCGUGAGCAGCCGCCGUCGCCCCGUUGGCUCCACAGUCUCCCUGCGCUGCACUUGGAUCUGGAUGAGGGUUUAACUCGGAGCGGCGUCUUUGAGCUGCGGACGUGGACCGGGACUGCAGCACGCGAACUGAGGGAUCACCGGCUAACAAACAAAGAAACUCCAAACAGGAUGUAAACGUAAACAAACCUCAGAGAGCGCUGCAGAAUGUCAAGAGGAACAAAAGAGACUUCUGCUUGUACGAGCCGCGGCGGACACAACUAACCAGCGGCUACACAGGCUAACGUUAGCGGAGUUAAUGCUAACUACACCCCGAUAGACUGCAUGAGGUGGACUCUCCCGCAUCCUUUGCUUGUAACCUCUCGCUGACACUCCCUCGUCAUGGCUGCAGUGGUCAGCUACUCUCCGCCAUGGUGGGUGAAACUGCUCCACAGGCUUCCACAUUUCAACCUCAGGUUCGAGCAAACCAGCGGCGACUUCCAACCAGAAGACUGGACAUAUCAACAGUCCAUCCUGUUAUUGGGAGGUGUGGCGCUCGCCUGUCUGGCCCUGGACCUCCUGUUCCUGCUCUUCUACUCCAUCUGGCUGUGCUGCCGGCGAAACAGAAAUGUUGAGCAGCCCAAGGCUGACUGCUGCUGCACGGCCUGGUGUGUCAUCAUCGCAACACUUGUCUGCAGCGCUGGCAUUGCUGUCGGUUUCUAUGGGAACGGCGAGACUUGUGAUGGAGUGAAUCGGGUGACGUAUUCCCUGCGCCACGCUAACCGCACAAUCGUCGGAGUGCAGAAGCUGGUACAUGACAGUACAUCCUCAUUGAACCAAACCGUAGAAGACAACCUGCAACAGCUUGAGGGCCAGUAUGCGGGGCACGCGGACUACCUGUCCAUCGUCCAAAAGCUACAAGGCCAGCUGGACGAGCUGGUGAAACAGAUGGUGGAGAUUCCCUUCUGGGACAACAGUAACAUCUCCCUGGAGGAGCUGGCCGUCAACAUUGAGCUGUAUGAUUGGUACAGGUGGCUGGGCUACAUAAGCCUGCUACUGUUCGACGUCCUCAUCUGCCUCCUGGUGCUGUUUGGCCUCAUUCGCAACUCCAAGGGAACGCUUAUAGGGGUGUGCUUGUUCGGCGUAGUGGCUCUGGUUAUCAGCUGGGUCUCCUUGGGGAUGGAAUUAGCCGUCUCUGCGACCUCGAGUGACUUCUGUGUUGCUCCUGACACGUAUGUCACAAAAGUGGCCGACCAGUACGGAGUCGUCAAUAAAGAAAUCCUGCAAUUCUACCUUAGUUGCAAUCUGGAAAAGAACAAUCCAUUCCAACAGAAGCUUUCAGGGAGUCACAAAGCAUUAGUGGAGAUGCAGGAUGAUGUGUCCGAGUUGCUGCGCUCUGCCACCGGGGAAUACAAACAAACUAAGGAAAGUUUGGACGAGAUUCAGGGGAUACUGAACACCACGGAGAUCAGCCUACAUCAACUCACUGCACUGGUGGACUGUCGCAGCCUGCACAUGGACUAUGUCCAGGCCAUGACAGGUCUGUGUUACGACGGACUGGAAGGCCUCAUCUACCUCGUGCUCUUCUCCUUCGUCACUGCUCUCAUGUUCAGCUCGAUUGUUUGCAGUGUGCCUCACACCUGGCGCACCAAGAGCAGCGAGGACGACAUUGAGGAUGAGUCUCUGAGCCACGGAGGAAGGCAGAACCAUGAUAACCUGUACCGGGUCCACAUGCCCAGCCUGUACAGCUGUGGCAGCAGCUAUGGCAGUGAGACUUCCAUCCCUGCGGCCGCCCACACCGUCAGCAACGCACCUGUUACAGAGUACAUGGCUCAGAACGCCAGCUUCCAGAACUCUCGCUGUGAAAACACGCCUCUGAUUAGACAAGAGUCUCCUCCCCCCACGUUGUAUUUGACUGCCGCCGACAGUAACAGCGGUCACUGCUGGCAGUUAAAGCCUUCGGAGAGUUCAAGAUCGUUUUGGUAACCUCGUCUGCUAUGCUAACAGUACACCUCCAGCAUGCGGGCGAAGUACCUGGCAAACAGCCGCCCGGAGCCGGACAACCCUCCAGCGCAGUAGACCACACUGAACUCUCUGCACUGGCGUCAUUUUUUUUUUUUUUGUUUUGUUUUUCGCUCAGACGCUCCACCUCCUGUUUUUCCUCCACCGUUACUCAACUUGAAACGGAAAACCAAAUGUGCUUUUGCUGAUUGGUUGAAGUGAAAAGUGACGGACGUGACAUCAAAGCUCAUCUCUCCAGUUUCCACGAUCCUUCUGGGAUAUCAUCCUGAUUUGACGGAGCCUGGACGGACGUUUACUCUCCUUUUCCUUUUCCUUUACAUUAUGACAUUGUACAGCGUCGCAAUCUAUCAAGGCUUUGCCGUGUUGAGGACUCUGGAAGUGCUCCCUGACUACCACUGAUAACUAUUAGUUGUUUUUGUAAAGUACUGUAUCCCCCUCCCUCCCUCCCUCGGUGGGAGAAGGAGGAAAAUGCCUUACACUUAAUUACGGGAGGAAUCGUCGGAUUUUCUUCCCGCCUGAGGAGUAGAUAUCGUGUCUUGCAUUAUUACACAUUCAACAAAAUAUCAAACUGGCGUAGUUAGAUUAAAUUCACAGAGCAACAUCUCGGUUGCUCAGGUUUCGUGGAUCUUAAAAUGCAAAUCUGAUAUUUGCGUUAUUUUCCUGUUUAUCGUACAUGCACACAGGCUUGCUUUUUGGCGUUCCGUCUUAACUCCGACGUCGGGGACCAGUUUUCCUGCAGUAUUGCACGUCGAUCACACAACAAGUCUUUUUGUCUUCUCGGGACACUGUUAUUUCCUGUGGCAUUUAUAAGCCACUUUUCCAAAGCAGUGACGACACUGUAACUCGUGAAGCUGUGAACUGUGACGCUCUCAGAGGAUUUGAUGAAAUUAGUUUUUCUACUACUGGAAUUAGAUUUCUUUCUUUUCUCUUUUUACCGACGAUGGUGAAGUGCUGGAAUACAGGGGAGUGUGUGAUGUCUUUCUUCAAUAGUGCUCCAGACUUCUUAAGAUCAUUUUGCGGUGCCCACUCUCCACCAGACUGCUUGUCAUUCUCAAAAGUUGUAAAGCUUAAUUUCCCUCGACCUGGCUUGGAAACACAAUCACACAUUCUGGAGUCCGUAGAGGAAGCUACUCACUGGUCGUCCCUCCAUUAAGUCUUAAUGCACAUUUCGGGAGAAAGUCUCAAGAAGAGGAACUCCUGUGCAUUGUCUAUCCAGUGUCUCACAAAUGUGUUUUAGCAUUUAUACGAACAGUAGAGAAACGAAGUGGAUGCUGUGAAGGAAUUGCCACGACUCCGCUCUCGCAUAUAAACUAGAAGCUGUUCCUGUUGAAGCAUGACGAUCCUUUACACGUUGAACGAGAGAUGUUUGUACCUCCGAUGCUUCAACUCGCUUUUCUCUUCAAUUUGCUUUUGUAACCAGUACAAGAGGUGAUCAUUUUUUUUAUGAGACUGUGCCAACAAAGGAAGCACAACUCUGAAUAUUUUUAUUUUUAAAUGUCUUUUACUUUAGGCCUGUUUUUAACGAUGACAGCUCCAACGAGGAAAACGAGCCUGUCUUUUUUUUCUCAUUACAUUUAAGACUUUUACUACACUGAUGCAAUCCCUGUGUUUUUCGGAGUGGUCAUAUUCUAUUUGUUGUUUGUUAGGCAAAGCUGUUGUACAUGUCAUGGACAUUUACAAAAUGAAGAAAAACAAAAAAAUUACUGAAAUGGACAUCUUUUUAAUUUCUUUAAAAAAGCUUAAUGUUUCUAUUUGAUUUGCUCAAAUAGAUUUUUUUUUAAUUUCAUUUUAGAAUCUUUAGCAAGCACAAAGUGUUGCUUCAUUAAUGUGAAUAAGGUAAAUAGGUUUAAGCAAAAUGUAUUGAGUUUUUAUUUCGGUUCAUCACUAGGGAUGUAAUCAGUUUAAAUUUUUUAUUUUGUACAGCUUGUUUGCUGCCUCUUUAAUGUGUACAUGUAAAACCUGUGGUGAUUCUGAGCUUGAAUGCUGUGUUUUAAAAUUAAACAAACCUUAACUGUC